CUACCCACCACUCUCUCAGGUGCCCCCUGCCAUUGCAUACAAUUCGUUCAUGCUGUUGCUCGCCUCUCUGCCUUGCAAGUACCCCAAAUCCGAACGUCUCACAUGCCAAUUUUUCUCCUUCUCAGCCUUGCUUGGUGCCAAUGACCUGAACCUCUGCGGCGACAUUCUCUCACACGGAGUUUGACCUCCCUCGGAUGCUUCACUAUCUCGGAGACUGCGCCCCUUGACCCACGACCACACAUCCAUUCUAUCCUUCGAGAACAAGAUCUGGGCCCGAACAGGAGAGGAUGGACGUCCUCAAAGACACAGUCGAAUCGAUCAUUCUAAACCCGGAUCUCGCUCCUCUCCUUGCAAUCGUCAAAGCCGCUCGCAAUGGCGCCGUUUACGGUGCCAAGGUCCGAUUCCCUCAUGCUCUUGUCAUGGUGCUGCUGUUCCGAUCAGGAUCGUUUCGGGAAAAGAUACGGCUUGUCCUAAAAGCCACAAAACAACAUGCCUACAAUCUUGCAACUUUUGCGGUUGUUUACAAGUCUGCAAUGUUGGUGUUAAGGCUGCUCAAUCCUGUGAGGCCAGGAAAAGAAGGACCAUACGAUACAUUCUUUGCCGGCCUACUAGGUGGUUAUACUGUGUUUGGCCGAGCGAAGCAGGGAAGUGUGAACCAACAAAUCGUCAUAUACGUCUUUGCCAGAGUAAUACUCGCCCUGGCGAGACUCAGCAUUGAACCGCCCAGCAUGACGAGCACAACGCCGACCCCCACCUUAUGGACGCAGAGGCUGUCCCCAGAGACCAAAGCGAUGGUGCAGAGAAAUGCAUGGCCGCUCUUUGCCAGCUUCAGUUGGGCGUUUGUCAUGUACAUCUUCAGAUGGCAACCUGAGAGUAUUCAGCCGAGUUUGCGCAGCAGCAUGAAGUACAUUUAUGUCAAUUCCGACUACUGGGAUUCUUUCAGGAAUUUCCUCAUUUACAACACCUAAGUCGCCACGACUUGGACACUUAGACGGAUUACAUUUGACGGAGUUCAGCCAAGUGAUACAGGUCAUGCAUGCAUAUUGGGUUUAGAGUGUGUAAGGAGCACUUGGGGCAUAUUCAGACUUCCGGCACCUCGAACACCGUGUCGAUUUGGAUUAGGCGGCUAGUGUUUGAAGCGACCACUCCCGGUGCCGGCACCAGCUGGAAUUUUUGUCUUUUGCUUUGUGCCGCGUUUUACGAUGGCCCCAGGGUGAUGACGCAGCAUUGACUACAGCAGAUCAGACUAGGGAUGACUACGUAUGGACCCCGGAGACCUUCUCAAUGCUAGAAGACAUAGAAGAGACACGAAGACCGAAGGGCAAGGGCAAUGUCGGCUGAGUUCAAAGAGCCGAAUCGUCGAAUCCGCGUCUUUGUUGCGCUGAAUGACCGACUAAGACAACAUCUUCGAAGCGCUCAUAAUCUUAUUAUGUUCAGCCAAAGGCAUGUGCUCGGCAGAUUAUCUCUAGGGCAGGUCGCUGGGAACGCUGCCACUGAUUAUUCUGUAUAGGCAGCAAGAUACGCAUUGGAAGUUUUCGCUUCUGUGUUGAAAUCACUGCAAUCUAUAUGCCGCAAUGACGGCUCGAUUCACGUUCC